AUGUAUAACUCACCACAGAGCGGCAUUCAGCCACACGGCACGGCACACGGCACUUUGCUUCUUCACAUUGUCCCAUUGCCACCUUCUCGAUGCAGUCUGGUCCAAUGGGCGUCGCCCCCGUACCACGUUUGGCAAGUCGGUAUCGAAAGGGUCGGCCUUGCUGACGGCCGUGCCCGCCUUUGUCGCCGAGGGACCGUCAGCUGGCAUCGGAGUAUUGGCCAAACGGAGACUAACACGAAAUUCAAUACCAUGUCGCCUGUUUUGUCUCCUUGCAGAUCCCGUUUCCGAUCGAUGGACAGCUAA